AUGUUUGAAAAACGUCCACGGCCAGCAGGACGCUUAAACUCCAAGGACUUCAACAUUUUCAUCAUCCGAGAAGAAACCGAACUGUUGCGAGGUAAACAAGGAGCACUCGAAUGUCUGGACAUCGUCCCAUUCUUGAACCCAGACGUGGAGACAGCGGACGAUAACUUACCCUAUGAGACCGAAGACGUCGAUAUCCACACGAAGCUUGACGACAUCGAAAAACUUCUGCAAAGACUCAUCGAAGACACAAAUACCUCCAAGCGUUCUUCGGACAUCGAAUCUAUUUUGCGCAAGCUACACAGAAUCGAAUCCAUGCUCCUUGAAGAAAAAGCAAAACGAAUCGAAGAAACCGCUAUGCAGCAUCUACAUCAGAUAACUGCGUUGAUAGAUGAAAAGUCUCGACAGUUGGAAGAGAAGAUCACUGACAGUAACGAACUCAUAGUAAAUUCGAUGAUCAACCUUAUGACUCAGAUAUCCGCCAUACUGCGCACGGACCAACCGUCAGAAUACCAGCGUUCCAGCACUCCUUCUGAAACUUCUCAUAAGCCGCGAAAGGACCGGUCUCGCCCACCAGCAAAGCGUCCUCCUAGAGAUCCGGAUUAUGCUCUACUCCAACGUCGUCUCAAUCACUUGGCGUACUGCGAGAAGCGUCAAUCUGGACAGGAGGCCGCCGAGCCAUCGCAGCACCACAGAUGUAUUUUCUGCUACGGCCCUCAUACUGAAGAUGCAUGUACUGAGCAUAGAUCCGUCGAAGAAAGAAGAACCCUAGCGCGAGACCGCAACCUCUGCCUCUUCUGCUUGGGCAAGACUUGCCCAAGACCUUGUCCCAACAGAACGCCCUGCAAACUAGAUAAUUUCGCCCAAGCGGCAAGAAGAAGAGAGAGACAACUCGAAGCCGUCAAAACACCUCAGGCAUCCAACGAAUCGUCAGGAUGGACAACCCGCGACCGACCACCCAGCUGCAAUCAAUGCUGCCCAGGUUACAACUCCAAGUUUAGCGGAAGACGCCAGGAAUGGGGGUCUUUUUGGGCCAUAUUCCAAGUCACCGUGGACGAACAGCCAAUCCCCACGAUGAUCAACUUCAACUAUCCUCUCCAGUCACUCGUAGGAGAGGCUAAGCAGACGGCAGCGCAGUUUCAGGUGGUAGAAGCAAACUAUCAACUCGUCAUCGAAGCACUCAAAAAGAAGUAUGGCGAAGACGCAUCCAUCAUCGAAGAUUUAUUGAUGCAGCUCGAAGUCACCAAGGCGGAGGGAAUGCCCCUUAAGCUGCAGGCUAACCUACUAGAACGAAUUACAGCCAUCUUAACGCAGUUAGCCGCGAAAGGCCAGGAUGUUAAUCAAAGGCUAGGCUUAAUCUAG